ACGUUCCACGUCGUCGGAAAAAGAUUUUUCUUACUGCGCGAGAGGACUUGUGUUGUUUCCCUCGCGUUCACUCUCUCUCCCCGUCGAUUUGCAUCGUUGGAGGAGGAGAGCUUGUUCGUAAAGGUUAUGACUAGACUAGAGAUUAUUAGGGUUUAUGGAUAUCAUUCGCAGAAAUUACUAAGAACCUGAAGCUCGACUUCUAGGGUUUCUCGUUCAUCUCAGAUCAUCGAUCGAGCUAUCAAUAGAGUCUUCCAUUUUCCGAUUUCGCUGUUUGGGCGAAGGGAUAGGGUUCUGACGUCUAAAUAGGCUUUAGUUCGAACACAUGUUCUUGUUCAACAGCACCUUUCGGUGAAUUUAUAAGAAUGCCUUCGUUCUGAGAAGUUAGAAGGUGGAAGCUUUGUUUACGCGUUCUGUCUGGAAGGGGGUAUCUUGAAAAGAAGGGUGUUGAAUGUUGAGAAAAGUUAGGAAGAGGAUUAGGUGUUAGGGUCCGUAAAAUAUGAUUAAGCAAAUACUUGGGAAGCUACCUCGGAAACCCUCAUCAAAAUCGUCGCCUAAUGACAUUAACCAUAGUGACGGAGGGGCUACUGUCCCUUCAUCUAUAAACUCUUCGCAUUAUCCAAACUCAGUUACUGGUGGCCUCAACAACUCAAAGGGUGGUUCGAUUACCGGAAAAGCUCCAAAUUCAGGUUCUGGUGCUUCCCGCACUAACAAUGGAGCUUCUGCACCGCACUCGUCUGGUGUGAAUAAAUCAAACCAAGGGAAGAAAUCUGGCUCUGCCACUUCCCAAGUGGGUCCGGUGUUAGCUUCUACUGCCUACGAGGCACUACCCAGUUUUCGGGAUGUUCCAAGCUCAGAGAAGCAGAAUCUGUUUAUUCGGAAGUUGAACAUGUGCUGUACUUUGUUUGACUUCACUGAUCCCUCCAAGAACCUGAAGGAGAAAGACAUUAAGAGGCAGACCCUGCUAGAGCUUGUUGACUAUAUUGCUUCAGUCACGUCCAAGUUCAAUGAGAUUUCGAUGCAGGAGAUUACUAAGAUGGUAGCUGCCAAUUUGUUUCGCACAUUUCCCUCCUCAAACCACGAGAACAAGCUCCCAGAAACAUAUGAUCUAGAGGAGGAGGAGCCUACAACGGAGCCUGGAUGGCCCCAUCUUCAGAUUGUGUAUGAAUUUCUGCUGAGAUUUGUUGCCUCGUCAGAGACAGAUGCUAAGCUAGCAAAGAGAUAUAUUGAUCAUUCAUUUGUGUUGAGGUUACUUGAUCUCUUUGAUUCUGAAGACCAGAGGGAGAGGGAGUACCUGAAGACAAUACUCCACCGCAUCUAUGGGAAAUUCAUGGUCCACCGCCCAUUCAUCAGAAAAGCCAUCAACAAUAUAUUCUACCGUUUCAUCUUCGAGACAGAGAAGCACAAUGGGAUUGCAGAAUUACUUGAGAUAUUGGGCAGUAUAAUCAAUGGUUUUGCUUUGCCACUGAAGGAAGAGCACAAACUUUUCCUUGUUCGGGCAUUGAUCCCUCUUCACAAGCCCAAAUGUGUAUCGAUGUACCAUCAACAGCUUUCUUACUGCAUCUCUCAGUUCGUGGAGAAAGAUUUCAAGCUAGCUGAUAUAGUUAUUAGAGGUCUUCUGAAAUACUGGCCCAUUACUAAUAGUUCAAAGGAGGUUAUGUUCCUCAGUGAGCUGGAGGAAGUUCUCGAGGCCACUCAGGCAGCAGAAUUCCAGCGUUGCAUGGUGCCUUUGUUCCGCCAGGUUGGACGGUGCCUCAACAGCUCACAUUUCCAGGUGGCAGAGCGUGCAUUAUUCCUUUGGAAUAAUGACCAUAUAAGGAAUUUGAUCACACAGAAUCGUAAGGUGAUAUUGCCUAUAAUCUUUCCGGCCUUAGAGAGAAACACCCGAAGCCACUGGAACCAGGCGGUCCAAAGCCUGACAUUGAAUGUAAGGAAGAUCUUUUCAGAUGCCGACCAAGAGCUCUUUGAGGAGUGCUUGGUCAGAUUCCAGGAAGAUGAAGCAAAGGAGAAAGAGACACGGGAAAAGCGGGAAUGCACUUGGAAGCGCCUGGAAGAUGUUGCAGCUUCCAAGGCUGUUAGCAAUGAGGCUGUGCUUGUCUCCAGGUUUGCUUCCUCGCUGGCCCCUUCUGCUGGGACAAAUCCACGAGCUACAGUGGGUAGUUAAGAGCUGUUAAUCCAUGAAACAUGUACGAAUUUUAUUGAGUCUUGACUGAUACAGGGGGCACAGAAUUGGGGAGUCUACAGAAGGUUGGAUUCCCCUUCCCAUUGUUAUGUACUUAUGUUGCAUACAUUAUAGUCAAGUCACACCUGCAGAGUGCAGAAUAUGAAGAAGGAGAAGGUGGGUUUAUGUGGCUGUUAAGUGGUUGGUGUUUUUAUUUUUGGUUAUGUUAAUCCUAUUAUCCUUUUUUUUUUUCUGUUUCAGCCAUUAAAGUGUAAGUGUGUGUAUGUAUCAUAAAGGAUUUGGUUUAUAGUCUUAUUGAGGUCGUAAUUCUGCGUAUUUCCUACCUGAUAAUCUUUAUUUUAUGUAAUGAUGCAAAGAUUCUGGCCUUCGCGCUAAUGCCCGUUGUUAUUUACUCA